AUUCUAUGACGUUAGGGUCAGCUAAUCGCGAAGUUUGAUUCAUGUUUGCGGUGUGUUUUUAUUGACGUGGAGUGACAGCUCUAAGUGUACUUUUGGAUAUUGUUCCAGUCACAUGCCAGGAUAAGAUCUCUUUCUAAAGACAGCCGGCAUUUGACGGCACUUGUUGUGGCGUUUAUGCGAGAAAGAUUUACUCGGCAAAACAAAUUUUUCCUACCUGGAUUUAUGAAACACCAGCGUGAAUUUUGUUAACGGAGAUCAUAUUUGAUUCAAUGACAGAAGUAAUACAUUUAAAUAUACCCCUAGGGGUAUCAUGAAUUGUAGAUGAUUGAUAAAAAUUUGAAAUCAAGUAAAAAGUGCAAGUAGUUUUGAAAUUAUAAUGACGACAGCUGUUGGACUUUUGUUUUCAGGUGAGGAGCAUACCAACAGCGCCAAGAAAAGACGCCAACAUGCCUACGCCAAGGACCUGGAGCUUCAGAUGCGAGAGAAUGAAGCAGCCAAACUCAGGGAGAAGUACCAGGGCAUGAACGUCAAUGCCUCGGGAUGGCUGGAUCCAGAGAAACGUCCCGACAGGCUCAAGCCCCUGGGCGGGGCGGGCUUCAUGUCAGAGAGGAGUGGUCGUGACUCCAAGGUUAAACCAUACCACACCCUGUUUCUGUACGGCAAGGUCCCACAAGAUGGAACCUUUAACCAGAGGGAGGUAGAACCCCCCCUGGGGCUGGGUCGGUCCCCCCGUGAGGUGGUCGAUGUGGAGCCCAUCCACCUCCGGACCUGGCAGCUACAUUUAGAUUCAUCCGCCGGGCUCAUGCACCACCCUCUCACUGAGGCGACAGCAGGGAACCUGAAGAUCAACGACUCUGUGGACAACGCUUACAAUUUCUACGCCACAAGGGACCUGGACCGUCCGUCGGCCUUUGGUUCUAUCGUACAGCCUUUAGUGGUCCCAUAUGUUGACAACAGACCAAUCAUAAUGCCAGGACGAUAUGAGGGGGGCAGUGACUAUCAUCCGAAAUACAACCCAUUCGACCAUGACAAAGACAGCGGAUUACAGAAAGAUAUUAGAGCUUUGCUGGGGGUCACACAGCUGGAGAGAGAGAGGACCAAGGCCCAGUUGGCCAGAGAUAACGACGACUACCAGAGGAGGAUGAGGAGAGAACUGGAGGAGGAGAGGAGGAGAUUGAUGGACCAGGAGAACGAGGCAAGACGACGGAUGGAGCAGAUGAGGAGAGACCUGGAGAACAAGAGACUGGAGUGGGAGAGGCAGAGGAGGGAGGCAGAGAGAGCCAAAAAGGAGAAAAAGUUGCCCAAAACACCGCCAGUACAGAUUCGCCCUCCAAGUACCAACCUACUCAGCGAUAUGGACGACACACGAAGAAGAUUAAUUGACGAACGACGGAAGAUCGAAGAGCUACUCCGGGCUCAAAUGAAGCAGCCCGCCUAUACAGAGGUCAAGGUGGUCAAGCGACCCCCACCCCCUCCCACACCCCCAGACUCAGACCUCGCCAACAGGAGGAUGGUGGAGGAAUUCAACUACCUCAAGCAUAAAGAGGCGGAGACACGGAAAGCCUUCAGACGGAUGUACCCCGAGCUGCCGGAGACCAACAUUAAGCUGGAGGCCCAGCAGAGGGCGCUGCUACGUCAGCAGGAGGAGGCACUGAGGAGUCUGGACAAGACAGGGCUAGUCAAUGUCCGCUACGCUCCACCAAAGACGGUACCUGCUGAGGGCUACAGGCGCCCUGGAUGGAUGGACAGGUCACCCACACCCUUCCCACACAGGUUACGUCAGAGAGAUCGACUGUAUACGUCACACAGCAUGGACGGUGACGUAGACCGCAUAUACAGCAGAGCCGAGAGGAGGGAGAGGGCGAUUGACUCAUUAGCUUACAAAAGCAACUACGACGCCGACAAAGUUCUGGAUGAGUACGAGAGGCUUAAGCUGAGCAGCAACAGACCCGCCUCCACCGAGACGCUUACAGACGACACCUGGAUGCGGCCCACAACCAGGACAGCAGUCUAGAGCAUAGUAGGCCAAGGUCGGGCAAGGUCACGAGUUCAAGGGAUGAACCACCAAUCAUUGAGCACUGCCUGAGGGCUGAAAUGAACCAAAUCUAAUUUGUCGUGUGUGGGCUGCUUCAUCGACUGCUUCAUCGACUGCUUUCAUCGACUGCUUUCAUCGACUGCUUUUAUCGACUGCUCUAUUGACCGCUUUCAUCGAAUCAUGCAAAACCUAAAAACAAAAUUAUUUUAGUCCUGGCCAAGUCCGGAUGUUGUUGUGACAUAUCAAUCACGCAAGUUAGUCCAAUCUACCACAUCAUCAAGUUCAAUGGGCAACAGAGAACAGCUACAAUAAAAUCAAAGUAUACAGCCGGACACCACCAUUCAUUGUUCUAUAAUACAUCCUUGUUAUUUCACAUUUUAUAUAUUCACAUUUUUUGUAAAAUAUUGUUUUAAGAUUUUAUAUUACCUUUAUGGUGCUGAUAUAAAAAGUGACAUAAUUUAUUUUUGUCCUAAUAUCACAAAUGGUAGCAUGAAAUUGUGUAACGGAAAAAUGCGCAAAACAAAAGUACAGAUAAGCCUAUAGUAUAAUUUGAUCAUAUAGGGAUGUUUUAUAAUGCUUCAAAUUACAUGUGAUCUUUCUUGGGUAAAGUUUUUAAAUAUUGAUUUUAAAAAUAAUAAUUCACAUGAACAUUUUUUUUUUUUGCGCAAUUACCCACUGCGCAAAUUUUGUGUCUUUUGUUCUGGUCAAUAACAUGAUGAUAUUUUGAGGUAGAAUCACGAUGUUCUAUGAUGAUAACAUCACGUAGUUCUAAGAUGUUAACAUCUCGUAGUUCUAAGAUGUUAACAUCACCUUGCUCUAGGUUGCUCAAGUAGCUCUCGGAUGUUAAGAUCAUCACUAGCCUCUGUUUACCUACGUCUAGCCAGUCAAACCUCACGUUAUCUUCAGCGCCACCUAAAGCCACCAUUAAGUCCGCAGCAGACCGGUCUUUAAAGAAGCAGCAUCCCAUAAUUUCGACACAAGAUCGCUGCUUGCUUUUUUCUCACUAAGACAGACAAGUACAUAGAAAAAGGUUCUUGAAACCAGUGUAUCACUAUCCACAGUUACAACUGUUCAACUGUUAUACACGAUAACUACCACAAUAACAAAACACUACUGCGGAUCGGUUGAAUGUAGAGCAUUGUUCAUAUUAAAUUCACUGACUUAUUAUUCUAUUUGAAACAUGGUAUUGGUAUAUGGCGUUUUCAAUGAUGACUAUUGAAAACGUCUGCAAUGUCUUUGAUGCUAAUAUUUGGUGCUUAAAUCUUCAUGAAAUUCGGAAUCCAGUUUUUGUUUUAUUCUCAAGCUCGGCGAAAACUCGUUAAUUAAUUCCGAAUGGCAGCUAUAUCACUUACGUUAUAUGAGAAGUUGACCAAUUGGUAGUGUACAUGAGAAACUAGAGACGCCUAGAACUGACUACCCUUGCUACAUCAGGACCAGACACCCAGGACUGGCUACCUUUGCUACAUCAGGACCAGACACCAGGACUGGCUACCCUUGCUACAUCAGGACCAGACACCAGGACUGGCUACCAUUGCUACAUCAGGACCAGACACCAGGACUGGCUACCAUUGCUACAUCAGGACCAGACACCAGGACUGGCUACCAUUGCUACAUCAGGACCAGACACCCAGGACUGGCUACCUUUGCUACAUCAGGACCAGACACCCAGGACUGGCUACCUUUGCUACAUCAGGACCACACAGGACUGGCUACCUUUGCUACAUCAGGACCAGACACCCAGGACUGGCUACCUUUGCUACAUCAGGACCAGACACCCAGGACUGGCUACCAUUGCUACAUCAGGACCAGACACCAGGACUUGCUACCAUCAGUAAAGAGAAAUCAAUGCCAGAACUAGACUAGAAACAUCAGUCACUGACCUUCGGGUCAGGAUGACCCAGUAUUUACAUUGACCAUUAUACCCAUGGGAGGAUUCGUUGUCUCGACAAUUUCUUUUUUUAACUCUGUCAAGAUGUCUAGAAAUCACUGCUGUUUUUUUUUAGUUGUUGUUGUUCUACUAUUUGUCUGAAUGUCCCUCAACUCGUGCUACAUUUUUCAUUAUGUUUGUUUUGUUUCAUUUUUACAAUUUGUCUGAAUGUCUCUUUAUUUUGUAACAUUUGUUAUACUGUGUCUGGAUGUUUCUUAACUAUUGUUAUAUUGUGUCCAACUUGUUGGUCACUCAACUGUUGUUAUAUCGUGUAAACUUUGCCUGAAUGUCUAUGAAUUAUUGUUACAUUUUGUACAAUGUCUGAUCUAUUGUAACAUUUAUAAGCAUAUGAGUACAAUUGUUCCUUUAGAUACUUUUGUUCACAUUAUCAGGGGUUGUUUGUUAUAGUCUUAUACAGUGGCGUAGCGAGGUCGGGUGUCACCCGGUGCGGCACUUAAUGGUGUCACC